UUAUUGCCAUUGUCUGCUCCCUCCCAAUCCCCCUUGUCCCUUUCUCCUUCCCAUGUCUGUUCCCAAGUAUUAUGCUCCUUAAUCACCAUUGCCUUCCUUAUUAGCCCCCGCCCUCCCUCCCUUCUCCCCUUUUAUGGCGUUUUCCUGUGCCAGGAUCGAUCCCCUCCAUCUGACCCACCUGUCCCUCACCCCCUUUUCCGCUUGCCCAUGUCGGCCCUUCUUUCAUCGGAAUGCCCUAAUCCUCAGCCGGCCCUCAAAAUUUCAUCUUCGCCUACUCCUGGAUGGACCCAGAGGUGCUCUUUGCUCCCGGGAUCGACGCUGGAGUACUUCGCGUUACCGCCGAUUGUUUGCCGUGGUCGGUCAAGCUGACACUGGCCAGCGCAGUGAGGACGAUGCCAAUCAGGAAGCCAACGAGGGCUACCACUCUUCGGUAAAAGGGGACUCCAACGUAGAGAGUCAGCAGAAAGCGAGUCAACUGAGAAAGAGGGUUGUCUUUGGCCUCGGUAUUGGGGUCUCUGUUGGCGCGGUUGUAUUAGCAGGAGGUUGGGUUUUCACUGUGGCCCUCGCAGCUGCUGUUUUCAUAGGCGCACGCGAGUAUUUCGAGUUGGUUCGGAGUCGUGGGAUUACAGCUGGGAUGACCCCUCCUCCUCGAUUUGUCUCUCGAGUUUGCUCAGUUAUCUGUGCCCUUAUGCCCAUACUCACAUGGUACUUUGGUCACAUAGAUGUGUCUGUAACAUCUGCUGCCUUCUUUGUCGCUAUUGCGCUGCUUUUACAAAGAGGGAACCCGCGAUUUUCCCAGCUCAGCAGUACAAUGUUUGGGCUAUUUUAUGUAGGCUACCUCCCUUGUUUUUGGGUUAAGCUUCGGGGACUAGCAGCACCAGCACUCAACACCAGAGUAGGAGCAAGGUGGCCCAUUCUUCUCGGGGGCCCAGCCCAUUGGACUGUAGGCCUUGUUGCGACAUUGAUUGCUAUUAGCAGCAUAAUUGCAGCAGACACGUAUGCGUUUCUUGGUGGCAAGGCUUUCGGCAGGACGCCGCUUACGAAUAUUAGUCCCAAGAAGACAUGGGAGGGUACCAUUGUUGGCCUAGGUGGUUGUAUAGCUACUUCUGUGAUACUAUCGAAGAUAUUCAACUGGCCAACGUCUGUGCUUAGUGCAAUACCCCUGGGAUUCUUGACCUUCUUAGGGUCAGUUUUUGGUGACCUUACCGAGUCAAUGAUCAAGCGGGAUGCUGGGGUAAAGGAUUCCGGCUCUCUUAUUCCAGGACAUGGUGGGAUAUUGGAUAGGGUUGACAGCUAUAUAUUCACUGGCGCACUCGUGUACUCUUUUGUCAAGACCAUUCUUCCUCUUUACGGAGUAUGAGAUCGAACUCUCGAGCAACGCUUGGUAAAGGAGCCCUUUUGUUGGUUACUAACUGAAUUGAAGCAGGCGAUUGUCAGCAAAUAGGGUCGACCAUAGGGAAGAAUGUAGCUGAUGACCAUGAAAUGGAGCUAUUGGUCUCUAUCAGGCAACGGCAGUUCGGAUUGGCCUCUAUCAUGUAUGCUGUUUCUUGGUCAUUAUUUUCUUAUUUUAUAGUUCUUUAUGAUUUCUGAUGUUCCGCUUCAAUAAAACAAAUUCCGAGGUUAGUAUUCUCAGUCGGCAAUUCUUUUUUUCCUUUUCCACUUACUUACAGAAAGAAAGCUACUAUUCCCAGAUUUGGUUGUGGCUAACCAAAUUUUGAGUUGGUUCAAUU